AUGGCGGAUCCCGCAGCGGAAGAGGCGCCCCCCGCGGUCGUCGACGACGUCGCGGAGUUCGCCGCGAUGGAGGCCGCGGUGAACGCGGAGGAGGCCGCGGCGACGGACGACGUCGUCGGCGUCGCGGGCGAGGAGGAGGAAGAACCCGCGCCGCCGACCGAGGAGGACGUCGUCGAGAUCGCGUCCCCCCCGGGGGACGAACCGACGGAGGAGAAGGAGAAGGACGACAACGCGGAGGCGACGAAAGACGCGGAAGAGAACGGCGAAGGGGAGGAAGCUCCCGUCGAGAUCGACGCCGAGGCGCCGUCGACGUCCGCGCCGGCCGAACGCGACGCCGCGGGAGCGACGGAGACGAUGACGGAGGAGGAGGAGGAGAAGGAGGUCGACGACGACGCGGAAUCGCUCGGCGAGCCCGACCCCGUCGCGGACGACGACCCCGAGCCGACGACGACGGGCGACGGCCCCGAGAUCGAGGUCGCGGCGGACGGCGGCGUCGACGGCGCCGCGGGAACACAGACGGAGACGACGGGGGACGAGGGCGAAGAAGCCGCGGACGCGGACGCGGACGACGAGGACGCGCGAGGAGCCGUCGUCGUCGCCGACGACGCGCCCCCCGCGAGGGUGACAUUCGUGAUCCUCCCCGAAAACUUUCAGGCGCGUUCUAUACACUGGUUCCCAUACGGCCGCGUUGGCGUGGUGAACGCCGAUCCUUAA